AUGUAUCCCGUGCACGUAGUGUUAUUUACCUGCGCCAUCACCAGAGCCGUUCACCUGGACUUAGUACCUGACUUAUCUGCGAAAUCAUUUGUUCUAUGCUUAAAACGUUUUAUUGGAAGAAGAGGAAUUCCAAAUCUUAUAAUAUCAGACAAUGCCACAUGUUUUAAGAAUGAAGAAGUUAAAUUAAGCGAAAAGCUUUUGUUGUUGGGAAUCGGUUGGAAAUAUAUUAUUGAAGCUGCUCCCUGGUGGGGUGGUUUUUGGGAACGUCUAGUGCAAUCGGUCAAAAAAUCGCUACUCAAGGUUGUGUUUAGAAGUAGCAUCAGAUAUGACGAGCUGGAAACAAUUCUUUGUGAAAUAGAGGGUCUUCUCAACUCAAGACCAAUAACAUACGCUUACCAUGAAGACACUGAGGAAUUUCUUACCCCUUCCCAUUUGAUGCAUGGUCGAAGACUUAUUUCACCUAACGAAACUAAAGGGGCAGAUCUUGACAAGCUUGAAAGUAAGAUUCAGUUAACUAAACGAAUGAAAUAUUUAAAACUGAUACGUGAUCAUUUUUGGGUAAGAUUUACAAGUGAAUAUCUAGUUAAUCUUAGAGAAUUCCACAAGCAGGGAUCCAGUAAGAGUCGAUCGAUUGAACUGGGAGAAAUUGUUGUUAUUCACUCUGAUAUUAAAAGGUACAAAUGGCGAUUAGGAAAAGUAGUGUCACUGAUUACGGGAAGCGAUGACAUAGUUCGUUCUGCAAUAGUAAAAGUCUUAACAGGUAAAACAAACAAGCAAAAUUAUAUUAAGCGUCCUAUCGAAAAGCUAUACCCUAUAGAAGUCAAGUCAGUCGAAACAGUAACUGAUACAGAGCUAAACGCCAGAAACGAUGCUGUAGAUGAAAGUAACGAUUUUUCUGAUACGAAAUACGAAAGACCUGUACGAAUAGCAUCAAGAAACGGAAUACUAAUAAGACGCUUAAUGGGACAAUUUUAA